AUGUCGGAAGAUAAGCUAGAAGUUAAAGAAACCGAUAUGGAAGAUACUCAACGGGAUAUCGUCAUCGGUAUUGUUCGUGAAGCUCAACGGUUAUAUAACAUCGAUAAGGAUGUGGCUGCGUUUGUGAAAGAAGAACUCGAUAAGAAGUUUGGUCCCACGUGGCACGUGAUUUGCGGAAAGUGCUUCGGAAGUCGGGUGAGCUACGAAAUGGGCCACUUCAUCCUAUUAAAAUGCAAUAAUAAAGUGAACGUAAUGAUUUACAAAUGCGGAUAUUGA